GUUACAGAACAAGCCCCUGAGGAGCUGGAAGUAGUAUCACUGACGGAAACUGCUAUUGCUGGCUCUGCUUCCUCUGCUCAGCCCAGCCCUAAGCUCUGGACCUGUGCACUGCAGCUGAAUCUAUGGGCAUGUCUGCAGAGGAGGACGAUUCCACCAGAUUCAAAGACCAGGAAUGGCCAGAAGUGGAGAAGGCUGAAAAAUUAGCCAGAGGAGCUGCCUUAAAAUGGGCAUCUGGGGUCUUUUACCGACCUGACAAAUUGGAGGGCCUUGAAGAGUAUCGGAUCCGAGAGAUACAACGCAACAGUUCCAUCCAAUCCCGUAUAAAGUCAACUGUGCAGUCCUACCUAGAGGGUGUGAGCACAGGCCUGGAGCAGUUGCACUCAGCCACUGCAGAUAUUCAACAUGUGCAGCAAGCAUUGAGAAACAUAUGCCAGUCCUUGGCAUCCAGCACCGACUCUUUUCAGAGCCUGCAGCGACUACGGGAGGUGGCAGUGGAACAUGCCCAGCUGGGUUCAGUUGCCCAGACAUUGCCCCAACUUUUCUCAGUACACAAACUCCUUUCCGAGACCUUUGACCUCCUGCAGAGUCACCAUCUGCUGGAAGCCCACGCAGGAUUCAUGGACCUAGAGAGUUUACGGGACAGCAUCCUGUUCCAGCUGCAUCACCACAACCUGCUCAGCUCCUCGCACCUGGCCAGUGUAGAGUCCUACUUCAGGGGCCUCCUGGAACUGAACGAUGCCCUUGCCCAGCACCUGUGGCACAUUGUGGCCCACAGCACAAGACUGGUGUCUGAGGACCCCUCCCUCUUUGUCUCCACGCUACGCAUUAUUGAGCGUGAGGAGAGCAUUGAUGCUGCCCUGCUGCUGAGAUCUCAGCUUCCUUCUGGCUUCCUCCCGCCAGGGCGCCCCAAGUGCUGGAGGCAGAAGUUCUUCCAGGUUAUACAGGACACCAUAGUCGCUUCCCACUUCCAGGCCAUGCCAAGCAAUGCCCAAGGCCAGCACCUUGCUCAGCAUUUGGCGAUCUUGCAGAACAACAUCCUGGCUGAACUGUGUGUUGUGAAAGACCUGAUGGCCCAGUGCUGCCCACCUCACUACAAUAUCGUCGCAGCCUUUGCUGCCAUGUAUCAUCAAGGCCUUGCCAAACACCUGCAUCACAUCCUCACUCGGGAGCUGGAGAAGCAGGAGCUCUUUACUCUUCUCCAGUGGGCACUCCAUGUCUACCCAAGCUCAGAAAUGAUGACCCACCCAAGCCUUCUACCUGAAGUGGACAUCACAGUCUUGGGUCCUCUGCUUCCUGUGGAUACAGUAGACUAUUUGGAGGAGACCUAUGUGGGGAAAGUACAGGCCAGCUUUGCUCAGUGGAUGCAGAAGACGCUGGAGAUGGAGUUUAAAGAGUGGUUCAGUGAAGAGGAGCCCGAAUCAGACUAUCAAGGCUGCUUCCAGACCAGCCUUCCCAUGAUUGUCAUGAAGAUGCUGGAUGAAAAUAUCCGAGUGGCAUCCCUCAUCUCAGAUACUCUGCAGCAGAAGUUGUGCAGCAUGGCCCUGGAGGAGCUUGAGGUCUUUCUGGGCAGCCUGUAUGAAGACCUGGUGGGAUUUGGCAAGGAGCAUCAACGAGAACCUGUGACCUCCAAGUGCUAUGUGCCUUACUUGCUGUCAACCCUCAACAACUGCCAGGCUCUCAGCACCUCCAUUGCAGCCCUGUGUGAAGGCAGAUCAACAUCCUCAGAGGCCAGCAAGAUGUCACCAAGCCUUCAUGUUGCCCUGGAGAAAGCCCAGAAGAAGGCAUGCCAGCUGCUGCUGGAGGAGAUGCUGAAAGAUCUGCAGCCUCCGUUUGCUCAGAUGCCCUCCCGUCAAUGGCUGUCUGGUGAAUCCCAGGUGCUGAGCAGCAUAUGCGAGGUGGUAGAAAUGCACAUGAAAUUCUUCUGCAGAACUCACAAGCCAAUGAGCAUGCACCUCCUGUCAGAGACUGAGCGCUUGGUCAUGAGCCAGUACGUGAGGGCUCUCUUGCAGAAAAGGCUAGUUUGCCGGAACGCUGAGGAGAGAAGCCGGACGGCCAGGCAGAUGGUGCAAGACGCCUCUCAGCUGACGGAGCUCUUUUGCAGCCUGGGCCUGGAGGAGAAUGAACAGACUCUCAGAGUGAUUGCUGACCUGCAGGAGCUCGUCAGUCUCAAGGACCCCUCCAUGCUGAGCCUGGAAGUACUGGGAUUUGUGACAAAAUAUCCUGAUAUCAGCGAAGACCACGUUUCCAUGCUCCUCCACUUGCGUGGCGACAUCUCUAAAGAAAUCCACAACAACGUGCUGGAGAUCAUGGUGAAGAAUCCUCAAGUACUGCCUGAGAACUAUCGCCCAGUUUUUAGCAACAUUUUUGUUCCAGCUCCGGAGCCACCCUUCUGCCUUGGGAAGUCCAAAUGUGCCUGAUACGUCCACAGAUGCUGAUACGUCUACAGCUGCAUUGCUAACUUUGCCAGGAUGGUAGCUGGUGACCUCUGGCAAGAUGGAACUUGAGUGGGGAUUGAGCCUGUUGUUGUUGGGUUUUUUUUACAUUCCAGCAAUCCAAAACACAUGGUGCCAUUUUGUGGGGCGGGGCUAAAUUUAGUCCGUUUUGUGUUCUCUCUCCCAUAUUCACAGCCAUGCACAGCCACAUGCAGUCUCCUUACCAUGUGUGAGGAACCUUUGGCCCUCCAGAUGUUGCUGAACUACAAUUUCCAUCAUCCCUAGCCAUUGGCCAUGUUUGCUAUGACUGUUGGGAGUUCAGCAGCAUCUGCCAGGCCAAAGGCUCUCCACACCUGCUCUAUAUUCUAUGCAAGAUAAUACACAGGAAUGGUUGUCUAUUACGCACCAGUUGCACUAGUUUUCUGUGGGUUGUGUGGUUUUGGGUGUUAAUAUAUGCUCAGAUCACAUCCACACCCAAACCCACUUAUGAAUUCUACACAGUAUAUGAGUGUAACACUUGUGCAGACCAGCUAGUACACUGAAGCCCAUCUCUUGUAGCAUUUAGAAAAGAUUAAUAUGAUUGGCAAAUGGCACCAAAGCCAGUUCUGGCCUCUACUCCCAAAAGAGCACUGCUUAUUGCAUUGUCAUUACAAAUUAUGCAGACAGCGUAAUGUGCUUUAUCCUAGAACUAUGCAAAUCAUGGGGCACAAUCAUGGAGCACAAGAGCAACAUAUUUAUCAAUUCAUGCUUAAGAACUGAAUAUGCUUGCUAGAUAAUGUUUUCUAGAUAAAUAGCAUUCAGUUUUUCUUUUCUAAAUUAAAGGCAUGUAGCCCUUAUGGUGAACACGGCACUUAGGGAAGACAGGCUUAUCCUUUUUUUUUCUUCCUAGUGCAAUGGGAACCAACCACUCCAGCAUAUCUUGGGCCCUAAACUCCUGGCCAAUCAGGAAGGGAAGAGAUAAGCCGCCAUCUCUUUGC